GCGGCCGCCCCUGGCGGCGGGUUUGUUUAUCCCAAGGAAGAAGUUUAGGACCGGGAGAUAGGGAAGGAGGGCGGGCCGGGAGGAGGGAUGCGGUUCGGCGGAGGCGGCCGCCACAGGGACUCGCCGCCAUCACCUUUGCCUCCACGGCCGCCGCAGCCGCCGCCUCCGCGGAGAAGAGCCGCCGCCGGGACUGCCCGCCGCCGCCCCGCACGCCCGGUAAAGUACUCAACUGUAUGGGAUAGUGCAUAAAUCUUGGAAGACUGCAAUAAAUCGGCAAUGUCUCGGGAACCCACCCCACCUCUCCCUGGAGAUAUGUCUACUGCUCCUAUAGCAGAAAGCUGGUGUUAUACACAGGUUAAAGUUGUAAAAUUUUCCUACAUGUGGACCAUUAAUAACUUCAGUUUUUGUCGAGAAGAAAUGGGUGAAGUGUUAAAAAGUUCAACGUUCUCAUCUAGCCCAAGUGACAAAAUGAAAUGGUGCCUGAGGGUAAAUCCAAAAGGAUUAGAUGAUGAAAGUAAAGACUACUUGUCCUUAUAUUUGCUUUUAGUCAGCUGCCCAAAAAGUGAAGUUCGAGCAAAAUUCAAAUUUUCCCUUCUGAACGCUAAAAGAGAAGAAACAAAAGCAAUGGAAAGCCAAAGAGCAUAUCGAUUUGUACAAGGGAAGGACUGGGGUUUUAAAAAAUUCAUUCGAAGGGAUUUUUUGCUUGAUGAAGCUAAUGGUCUUUUACCAGAUGACAAGCUUACAUUAUUUUGUGAGCAUCUCCAGCACUGCUUGCAGAAGAGGAGGAAGCAUUGCACUGCCCACGUAAAGAACUGCCUCCUCCCCCUCCCCUGCAAGUGGUGCUGUAGACAGGUGAGUGUGGUCCAAGAUUCAGUAAAUAUAUCAGGGCAUACUAAUACAAAUACUUUGAAGGUUCCUGAAUGUCGACUAGCAGAAGAUUUAGGUAAUCUCUGGGAAAACACAAGAUUUACAGAUUGCAGUUUUUUUGUGAGAGGACACGAAUUUAGAGCUCAUAAAUCUGUACUUGCAGCUCGAUCCCCAGUUUUUAAUGCAAUGUUUGAACAUGAAAUGGAAGAAAGCAAAAAGAAUCGAGUGGAAAUAAACGAUGUAGACCCCGAGGUUUUUAAAGAAAUGAUGAGAUUCAUUUACACAGGGAAAGCACCAAACCUUGACAAAAUGGCUGACAACUUGUUGGCAGCUGCAGACAAAUAUGCACUGGAACGACUGAAGGUCCUGUGUGAAGAAGCUUUGUGUAGUAACCUCUCAGUGGAAAAUGUUGCUGAUACCCUUGUCCUUGCAGAUUUGCACAGUGCAGAACAGUUGAAAGCACAAGCCAUAGACUUUAUUAAUAGGUGCAGUGUACUUCGACAGCUUGGGUGUAAAGAUGGGAAAAACUGGAACAGCAACCAAGCAACAGACAUAAUGGAAACAUCAGGGUGGAAGUCCAUGAUUCAGUUUCACCCUCAUUUAGUAGCAGAAGCCUUCCGAGCACUAGCAUCUGCACAGUGUCCACAGUUUGGCAUUCCACGCAAACGGCUAAAACAGUCCUGAAAUCUUCCAUGAACUGUAGAAAAAUGGAAUUGACUUUUAUUCCUCCAGGUCCAGAAGGAUUCUAAUAGACAAACCAUAAGCAAGAGUUGUUUCUGUUGUCUUGUCUACAGAGCAGAAGCUGAAAAAGCGUAUGGCUUGCAUUUCAGGUGGAUAAUUUAUGGUUUAUUCUUCAGCUUUAAAUUAGACUGACUAUACUCUAAUUCACUUCAAGGCCUUAAAUUAUCUCCAGUGACUUCUCUUGUUCAUAUGAUACUUUAAUUUUUUUAUUGUGCCUUGUCAUUUUGACCAAGGCUAUGCAGGAUUGCACUAGCUCCAUAAUGCAGUAAUAUUGACAACUGAAGAUAUUAAGUUUCAAAAGGAUCUUCCAUUAGCUUCAGAAAAGCAAAAUUAAUUUUCUAGGGUUUGUGCUAUGCUAUCUCAAAGUUUAAGACUAGGUUCUUAAAAGCACUUGUAUUGGAGAUAACUGUUAAUGUCUCCAGUCUAAGUUCUAUAAAUACAGGAGAACCUGCUUGCCUUCAAGGUAAGUUAUGGCAAUACACUGCUUCAGUUCUAAUUUAUUUUUCAUUUCAGGGGCAAUUAUGCAAUGAGUUGGCCCAGAUUUUUAGUAGAAUUUGUGAUGUUUAUAUGUUAACUGUCCAGAAAACUGAGAAGCAUAACAAACCUUUGCUUGUGUUUCUUUGUGGGUUUAUCCAAGUUUACAAUUACUGAGAACUGAUUGAGGAUAAGAUUUCAAUAAGAAAGCAUGUUUUGUGCUGAAAUAAUUUUUUUUAAUUUAUAGUGGCCUACAUUUAUAUGAAGAAUUCUGUACAUGUUAAAAGUAAGGAUGACCAAAUGUAAAUUUAAUGAGUGGGCCAAUUAAGAGAGAUAUAUAUGCACUUUUAAUGUGUAACUUUUGUAUGCUGAAUGGUACAUAUAUUUUUUUGCUUUUGAGGGAAUUAAUAAGGUAUAGUUAAUUGUGUCUUAACUUUUGAAAUAAUUUUUUAAGACAGAUGGAGGUAACUGGCUGUUUGUGAUAAUAGAUAAGAAAGAUAUCCUUCAUUAUAGUUAAAUUUGUUUCCAUUUCAGUUAAUCAUUAUUAAAUUCACUCUUUUUUUUUAUCACACAUUGGAGAAGGCAUCUGAACAAUAAGUGAAUCCUGGACGGUCUACUCUCCUAAAAACAACAAACUGAUAUUAUUUGCAGGCUAAAGUCUCUCCUUUCCUGAGAACCCUCAGAAACUUGUCAGGCCACAUUCUGAACCUUCCCCAUCCCCUUAGUUUUUUCCUUUCUGUUUCAGUUACUGUACUAACAUUGUGGAUGAUACUGAAAUUGUGCAUAAUGUGAACAGGAUAAACUUUAUAAUCUGCUUUUCAUGGGCCAGUUCUUUAUUAUAAAUGAAUUUCAGCUUUAAACACAUACACAUGCUCAGUGUUGGAUUGCUCUGUUCACAGUGGAGGUCUGUUCUGCAUCUGGUUUCCUGAAAUAAGGACAGCAUACUUCUUAGGCAAGAUUGAUGUUGGACCACAAGGGGAAAAGUGUGUCACUGGAAAAAAAUGCACAUACCUAUAUAUUUGCAUACAUAACUGUUCUCCAGAUUAAAAUUUGUAUAAUUUGUUUAUUUAGUUUUUAAUUUAGUACAAAAGGAAAAUAAUUAAGCCUGAGGUCUUAAAAUAGGUUUUUUUGUAUUUCUUUGUUAGAUACUCCCUGAGCAAUUCUAAUACAUCAAGAGUGAUUCAUAUUUACAUUGAACAACACUGUCAAAUACACAUUUGUUAUCCAUAACAAAUGAGUUUGAAAGACCUUAUUUUUUCAGAUAUCUUCAUUUUGCCCUUUGUAAUUUCAUUGAGUCUUUGUUAUGUUAACUUAAGUUUUAAAUUGAAAGAAUACUUUGGGAUAAAGGAAAGAUUCUUAAAUAUUAGUGGACUCCAUCAGUGCUAUAGUGAGCAGAAAUUCACUUUCUUAACUUCGCCAUAAGAUUGAAUUAAUUAAAUUUGUAAUGUACAAUUAAAAAAAUACGUGCUCACAUACAUAUAUACUAAGACUUUAAUUUAAAUUUUGCCUGGGUCUUAUAAGAAAACAAAAACUCCUUCCUCGGGCUAUAGAAUUUUGUUGUCAUAUAUAUAAAAAAAACAAAAAACGCUGGUGAACCCAUGUAUAUCAAAUGCACAGAGGCACAUUGUGAAUUAAUUCACUGCUUGAAUCUACAUUUCUAACUAUAGUGACUUCACUAAUAACACCAUAUAAUGAACAUUUCAGAUUUCCCUCACUUACUUGUUUUCAUGUUUAUUGCAAAUCUUAAGGGUUUUAUUAUAAGUAUUAUUUUAGUUUGGUAGUACAUUUUGUACCAAAAACGUCAAACACUGUGCUGUAAGAAGAUCCAUGUUUGUAGAAAUGUCCACUUUUCAGAUAAUAUAAUGCCUACCUUUAUACUAACAGAACCAUAUGGUAACUGAUUUAUUUUUUUUAUUUAUUAUGUAUAUUUUUGGUAUUGUGUGGGUUCUUGAGGCUGUGAUAGAAAACUGUUAAUGUGUUCUGAAAUAAGUGCUCUAAUAGCCUUUUUUUGUUUUUAAAAUUCAUUGUUUUGAGUAGGCACAGAUUCUGUCUAGAGCAGUCUUGCCUUUUGAUUAUCAGCCUGCUCCUGUUUCUCUUUUGUCACCUAAACAGAACUUUUCUUAAAAAGUAGUGACUGGUUUUAAACAUUAUAUAAAUACAAAAGUAACCAUUGGAAAACUGUCCUUUAGAUUCAGAUAGGGAAACACUAUAUUUGUGCCUUUUUUGUUUUUGAAUUUUAAUGUGUAUUGGUAUUUGGAGCACAAAUAUGAAGGUGCCAUAAUAUUAUGGCUGCCAUUGUUACCUCCUUGAAUAUUCGUGUGUCAUUGUCUUAAAAUAGUAAUUGGAGAACCUUGCAUGUAUUAUGUGGUUAUUUAGGCAUCUGUGUGCACGUUUGCGUGCAUGUGUGUGUGUGAGUGUACAUGUACUUGUUUUCACUUGGACUUGUGUGUGAUAUAUUCAAAAGAGUUAAUUUCUAAAAAUAGGACUCAGUUAAACAUUGAAAGUUCAGGCUAGUUGAAAUAUACCAUUUAAAUGUGCUUUACUUGGGACAAUUGAUUGAUAGAGGAAAUUAUAAUUCUCAAAAAUGUGACUAAUUUACUGCAUGACAAACAGUGCCUUUUUAGGACAUCAUUAAUUCUAAAAUUAAGUUUAAAAUAUUAACGAUCUCUUAAAAUGUUGUCAUGAACAUUAUUGGCUUUUAAAAAACUAUACCUAAGUUAGAGCUUAAAUUGCCAAAAGUAUAAUUACUAAUUUACUUACCCAUUUAAGUUUUGUGCAUAAGUUUUAAAACCUAAGCAGAAUUCUUUAUAAAAUUGUGAAUCAUAGAUGCUACCCAGUGUUACUAAAAUAUAACACUGGGGACUUCAGUAAGUUGUUUUGUUAAACUCACAAGCUUUUUUCAUAGCCAAGUAUACUUCAAGUAUUGAAUUAUUCCAAGUUGGACUUCCAUGCUCUUUGGUGAAUAAAAUAAAAAUAUUCAAUAUAUUCUUGCAAAAUAAGGUGGGCGGGUGGGUUUAGUGUUUUCAGAUUAUAAAGACAGCACUUUCACACACAAAUAAGAGUAUUUUGCAAACCUCUUUUAUACAGAUUAUGAGCUCUACUUUAUUUAAGUGUUCAUGGAAUGAUGUAAAUUUUAGGUCCAUUUGAAUAAAUAUAGAGUGCCUACCAUAUGCAAGACUUCCUUUUCACUAGGAAUUAAAUCAUCACACCGUGUUUUCUGCUUGCAGUAUAUGGACUUAAUGUUUGAAAAGGAAUUCUUAUAUUUAAAUUUUUUUCUGUUGUUAGAGUUUAUCAUUGUAUACUGUAACCCAGUUAAUUGUGCAUUCAGGUUUUUAGAAUGAAGAUAAAACUUAAGUGAGUCCCACUUUUGAAGAUAAAAUUCUGCUAAAAUUAUUUAAAUAUUAGUUCUGGGGGAAAUUGAUUUUCAAGUUUCAAAUGUAUAAAGACUUAUAUCGAACUUUUCAGCCUCAUUUUUAAUCAGCUCAUGUUGAUGAGAUACAUACUUUUGGUAUCUUGUUGCUGAAAAUAUUUUUGGCAUUUCAGCACUUUGUGUUAAAAUAAAGUUGUUACUACUUAUUCAGAAUUAA